UUUUGUAACCCCAACCAUAUUGCAGCACCUAGUUAGCUACCCGCGGAAGUUAUUCGUGUGUGGAGUAAGAACGGGAUGUUUGAAAUAGUAUUAAACACGUUGACAUUUUACUGUGCUUUUAUGACGGUUUGAUCAUCUGUUGCAGAAACAGGGGAACGAUAAUCUGUUGGAGCAAAAUGUUGGAGUGUGGCAUGCUGGAGCGGGACAAACGGGCUCUUCGGAGAGGCUCCAAUAUUCUCAUCAAACAGCUAGUGGUGGAUGAGCUGCUUAUACAGUCCUUACAGGCAGACGACAUCCUAACCGAAAGCAUGGCGGAGACGAUCAUGGCUGAGCAAACGUCUCAGAAACGAAGCUGGCGCUUAAUACUACUGUUGCCAAAACGGGGACCCCGAGCCUUUAGUAGCUUCUGCUCAGCUCUGCGUGAAACUGAGCAGCAGCACCUUCAUGACCUGCUGACACAAUCCCCAGAAAAAGAUGGCAAAGAUACACCUGUAGAGAUUAUUCAGCCUGAGGAAGAGCCCGAGGGAAAUACAGGCCGACUUGGAAUGCCGACAGCAGAAAAGAAGAGAGAGACAUCCCCAGUAGACAGAGAAGAAGAGAGUGAGGUGAGCAGCACCUCGUCAUGUCCAGUCCAAACCUCAGAUAGCUGCCUGCCCUCAGAGUCACCAUUCAGAGGAUUAAUCCCAGUCAGGGAGGAAGACAGGAUGACAGAGAGACAGCGCACAAUGAAAAGAGGAAGAGAAAAGCAGACAGAUAGGUGUGUGGACUCUUCUCUUCCAUUUCCCACCCAAGAAGAAAUUGCUGCCAAGAGAGGAAGGACACAUGCAGAGGCCAUGGAGUUUAGUCUGGAUGCAGAUAGUCCCAUCAACACUCCUGUGCUCCCGUGCACUCCCGACUUUUACCUCUCUCACUGCCAUCAGUCUUACAAAAUGAAUUCAUCCCCUCGCGGUCUUGCUUUGGUGAUCAGUAACGUGACCUUUGAUCCUUGUGCGGCGCCGGACCUCGACCCUAGAAAGGGAGGUGAGGUGGACGACGAGGUCCUCAGGAAGGUCUUCACAGAGCUGGACUACCUAGUUACAGUCCACAGAGACCUCACUGCUCAGGACAUGAGGUCGUGCAUUGAGAACUUUUGCAGUCAACCAGACCACCGGACUGUGGACAGCUGUGUGGUGUGUCUGCUCUCCCACGGAGUGGAUGGAGCCAUAUAUGGUACAGAUGGACAGCUCCUGCAGCUGGACUGGGUGUUUAAGUCCUUUGACAAUGCACACUGUCCCCUGCUACAGAACAAGCCAAAAGUCUUUUUCAUCCAGGCCUGCAGAGGAGAGGAGAUGGACUGUGGGGUCGAGCAGAUAGAUGGGCCAGUGAGGACCUGCUCCCCAUGCUGUGAACAGCUGGAUGCUGGAAGGGAAGGACAGGGGGAUGCACAGUGUAGACAGAGAGGGGACAUUGGGAGGCCCAGAAUUAAACUGCCCCAGCGGUCUGACAUGAUCUGUGGCUUUGCAUCGCUCAAAGGUCAGAGAAUUUGCACAGCAGCCAUGCGGAACACCAAGAGAGGAUCCUGGUUUAUCCAGGAACUUAACACAACACUGCGCCUCCAAGCCAGAGACACGCACCUUUCAGACAUCAUGGUGCAGGUCAACAGGCGUAUUAAGGAGCGGGAGGGAUAUGCUCCUGGCACCGCCCACCAUCGCUGCAAAGAGAUGUCAGAGUUCACCAGCUCAUUGUGCAAAGACCUCUACCUUUUCCCCAAGUACCAGCCCCAGUAUUGACUAAUACACACAUACACACACACACACACACUCACUCACACAGAGAGCAUUCCUUGCAUUGAAGCCUCUCAAUAAGGGCACACAAAUGUUCAUUCCACUCCAAUUACUGCCACACACUCACACAUUCCUCAGUUACAACUUCACUUCCAAACAGGAUUGAUUCAUUCAUAUUUUCUGUGUAAAUACUGCCUCCUCAGACAUGCACAAACACACACUUGUGCAUACACUCACAACAAUCUUGGAAAUAAAAAAGGAGCCAGCUUAUGUUAAUCUACAUGUACUCAGAAAUAGGCAACGCAUUAGCACACAAGUUACUCGGGUGUCUGUGUCAAUGCUAGUUUGAGGGUUUUGUGAUGAUUCUUUUUAGACGAAGACAGAAUCGUAUUUUAUUGUUUUCCUACUGCACAGCUACAGUACUUUGAGGUUUCACUCUCUCUUUUUAAGACGUAUUUUGUACACAGAUCUAUUUUUGUGGCUUUAUUUUGUAAAAAAAUGUUUUUAUAAGGGUUUUAAGCCCAUUGUCUUUAAUUGUAUGUUAGUAUGUACAUUUGUUAUAAUUUGUGACCAUUUCUUGUUUUUAGUGUAGUGCCAGGCAGAGGGCAGCACAGCAAAGACAAAUGCAUUUUAUCAUCUCCCUUUAUAAUAUUUCAUUAAUAAUCAUAUUUCCACUUCAACUUGAUCUUCAUUGUUAGGAUGCAGACAGCUUUUAUUUUAGGUAUAGUCAAUGCCUACUGUGAUGAUUUAACAUUAUUUUUCUCUGCAACAGGUAUUUUUUAAGGACAAAAACCUACAGGGCAGCUUCACAAUACCUUGAAUUGUUUCAGUCAUUUAUUUGCUUUUGUUUGUGGAUGUUCAGUUAGGAAAUGUUGCAUUUAAACCUUAAACUGCGUAAAGAGGGCAUCCACUGUAAAUUUCACUUCAUAUCAGCUGUGUUACUGUAGAUCAAACCCUGGGUGGUGGGCUGCCUGGGGAAUGUGGUGCUACUUCUGGGGUCAUACACCUACAGUGUAAACUCUGACCUUUACGCUGACUCCUAAUAGUGUUUUCCCCAAUGUAAGAGCUGCACAUUUAGUCCCUGUAGUUUUUGUGGUAUUUUACUGUAUCUGAUACAGUACAAAU